AUGGCACGUCGACCUGGUCGUCGUGUGCUCGAUAUGUCAAGCGACGAUGAUCAAUUUCAAGGCCCCAUGUCACCCAAUACUGAGAGAAAGUACAACGCCAUCAAAACCAUGGAGGCAUAUCUCGGAAAUGCCAACGCAGAAGAGCUGGUCACAAGAGACCCUCGACAGCCUUCUACUCUUCAAACCAUGAAAGUCACUCCACGCAGUGAAAUAACCGGAACAAUUGAAAACAAGCAGGCUGGUGCUAAAGCACAACAGCUGAAUGCAUGGAAAACCUACUCGCAAACUGAAGAGGCGCAAGCCACUGCCAUUGGAGCAAAACAGCCUGUCGGUACCGGCAAGGGAAACUCCCAUCGAGCAACCCUACAGGCAGAAUACCAUCCUGUACUUGCCUCAACCAGCACGAACCAUGGGUCGAAACGUGCCUUCAAUGCCAACUUGCCAGUCAAGUCUGGAAGACUACUCGUCAAUGCCGACCCGGCAUUAGCAUGCAACAAUAUUGAGGGUGCGAACAAGAAAGCCAAGGUCCAGGUCCAGGAUCGCGGUAAGAGACAAUUCCAAGAGCGCCCCUGGCCCCCCGCGGCUCUUCAAGGAACAGUUCUUGCCGCUCCAGGCGACUUUAUGUCGGCUGUCAAGAACAUGCUUCCGUCCACAAUACCUGUCAACCAGAGUCCCGCUGCCCCCGUCAAUGCACAGCCCGCCAUCAUACAAUCUCCCCAGGCUGGAGAGCGUGGCAAGCAUGUUGUGUUGAACAACACCAUCGAUGCCAAUAGCCCUGAGAUUCGUAAGAUUCCUGUUGAGGAGUUUUCGUUUCCUGUUCAAGACGUACUUCAUCCAGGCGAGAUCUCCACGCAUACCGAUGGAGCACCAAGCCCGGCCUCUUUCUCGGGGUUUAGCGCUCAAGAAGCUGUGUCCCCUGUGGAUAACACACUCAUGGAUACACCCAUCAUGGAUAAUGUGUCGAAGAUCACUGUCAUGAAACACCAGGAAUACGCUUCAGUCACACAGCUCCACGCUCUUGAGACCCAAGUCGACCUCUUGAAGGCGAGACUUGAAGAGCUCCAUCGUGCUGUGGCCUUGAUCAAAUUGAAUGAUACAAAGGGUGCGACAGUCUCUAACGGCGAGCCUAAGCCUUCCUUCGCUCGUCAGACUCCUCUACCUGAAUUACACCAUGGUCACGACUAUCGCGGUGGCCUGCUAACCGAAACUGUGACCAAGAGUUCAUUUGCAAACGUGCAUGCAGCAGAGAAUGUGGGUCUUGGUAUUACUGGAACCGCGGUUCGACCCUCUCCGGAGUCAGCAAUGCCCUCGAAGACUAUGCCUCUACAACGCAAGUCGACCAACGUGAGUGGCUCUAUCUUUGGAGAUUCAAAGAUAGAUCUGGAGUCAGCAGUGUCCCCAAAUGCUAUGCCUCCACAGCACAAGGCUACCGACAAGAGUGGCAUUAUCUUUGGAGAUUCAAGAGUUGUCCAACGUGGCUUCAGCACCGCUGCGUUCAGCAACAGUGUUCAAGACCCCCCACAAGGCUAG